GAACCUGUGACCAGCAGAGAGCUCAGUACAAGGAUCACAAGAAGGCAGCCAGUUACACAGUAACACCUGGAGCUCAGUCUGCAGCUCACACUCAGCAGGAUAGAUGUUUCUCUCACAGGGUUUACUCACCUGGACCCUACUCCUGUCAGUUCUAGCAGGUUCUGUAUCUUCUCUGCAGACUGUGAAUGGGGCUGUGGGAGGGUCGGCGAAUCUGACAGUGAAUCUAACUCUUCCUCCCCCUGAAAUUCUUCAGGCUACAUGGAUAUUUAAUACAAACAGUCUGAUUGUGUCAUUAUUUCCAGGCAAUACUAUAAUAUAUACUGAUGCUUACCGAGGGAGAUGUGAACUGCUUCCAGAUUUAACUCUCCGACUGGACAAACUGACAUUAGCUGCUCAGGGGGAUUACACUCUGACUGUAACUGAUCCUGCUAGUGGAAAUAAAACAACGGUAACAGUGUAUCUCGCUGUUUACAAGCCUUUUGACAAAAUGCCAACACUUACUGUUUCUGAAAGCUUUCCUGCUAAUGGCAGCAAUGUGAAUCUUACUUGUAACGCCCCCGGUCAGACUGUGGAGAAUUACACUUUCUAUCGUAACCAAGUGAAUGCCUGCUCUCAGGACCAUGUGACCUGUACUGGGUCUAACCUGACCUUCCAUCCAAUCACAGAGAGUGAUGAAGGAAACUAUACCUGUACUAUCCAAAACCCAAUAAACAAUAAAACCAGUGAGCCAUAUCUUCUGACUGUGGCAGUUCCUGUCCAUGAAGUGAUGAUAGGAAGAAACACUAGCUCUUUGCUCUGGGUUGGAAAGGAUUCUGUAUCUUUAAACUGUUCAGCUCUUGGUACUGAUGUUCAGUUCUCCUGGAAUCUGAAUGGAGCUGCACUACCUUCAGACCCACGCUACAAGUUUACCCAUGAUAGCCUCAUUAUUAGCCCAGUGGAAAGAAAUGACAAUGGAUCAUUUACGUGUAUUGCCAGAAACCGGGUGAAUAAUAUUACCAGCGAAGCCUUGACACUUAGCCUGGCCUGGCAUCCAGAGGGAUCAAUAAAGUGUUCUGCAAAUGGCAAUAAUGAAAACGUGCAGCUUCUCUGUUCCUGGCCGGGCGGCAACCCUCCUGCAAACAUCAACAUGACAUUUAAUUCUAGUAUUCAGAAUGGGAUAAAUGAGGUCGCCAAAAAUGUGUCGUUAAUCCCACCUAGUUCUGAUCAGAAGCUCUCCUGCUAUGGUGCCCAGGGAGGGCUAGAGGUGGCCUGUUCUCUUACAUUAGCAAAGCCAUAUGUAUACGAUUUCAAAAAUUACAGCACAACUCCAGUGGUAGAAGGAAAUUCAGCAACGCUGACAGUCACAUUGACUGGCAAUACUGUUGGGAUUAAUUCUCGUGCCCUGAUACCAGAAGCUAAAAUCCUACCUGCAACCUUCACAUGGUUUCACCUCAAUCCUAAUCCCACCCCAGUGUCUGAAGGGGUGGUGUCCACUCCUUCUACAUCCAGUCUAAGAUUGUCUUCAGUGACAGAAAGGGAAAACGGAACUUAUGAAUGCAGAGCAGAGAACUUGAUUGGAAGCACAAGUUUUUUCUACAUAAUACAUGUGGAAGCCAAAACAAUUCCCCAUCCCUCUAAUGGACUGGGUCCCGGUGAGAUCGCAGGUAUUGUGAUUGGAGUACUUGCUGGAUUGGCUAUCAUCGGAAUAAUUAUUUACUUUAUCGUAAAGGGAAACAAAAAGAAAGCAAAGGCUCAGAGUGUUGGAUUAAACGGUUCUGGAGAUCAGACAGGGACUACAGAAUAUGCAGUUAUAAAUAGGAACAGGACUAAUGGAGGAAUAGCAGAGACUUCGAUAACAGAUAUGCCCCAAGACAAUAAAGAUGAUGUUCAAUAUGCCGCAUUACGUUUCCAGAAUCAGGAAUCUGUCAAACCAAUAAUCCCUACAGUACCUGAAACAGAAUACAGUACAGUCAAAAAUACUUUACAAAAAUAAAGUGCUUUGUGGACAGAGGGAAACAUGAACGAAGUGAAGAUGGCAGGUCCCAGUUACAUCAGCACAUUCAGUAUAAGAUAUCAACCAAGAAGUUCAAGCUGUUCUACGUUUCAUCUGGAAAAGGCAAGAUCGGGAACUAUUUUGACAACAUGGUCCUCCUUCCACUGACUCCUUAAUAAGCCAAAUAGGCCAAAAGUACCAUAAAUGUAUUGUUUCGUUCAUGUAUUGAUCCAGUGCACUCACUCACUGACUGAACACCAACUUCAGACCUCACAAAAUGUUAUUGUUUUUUUUGUUUUUUUUAAACACCUGAUUUGGGCACAAAUGGUGGGAAUCUAGUUACAGUGAAUGAUCAGACAUUGCUGUCCACAAUGGUAAUGUACCCCAAAUAUAAAUCAGGCCUGGAGAUACAUAUUUUUGAAGAAGUGGGCAGGGGAUAAUUGGGUUAAAUAUGCUUCAGUUCCCUUGUAUAUAUUUUAUAAGACAGAUCAAAUUUUUUGUUUUAAUUAAAUCAAGACCUUAUAAAUUAUGUUCUGUUCCUUCCUCCUUCCUAAAAGAAAACUACAGUGUUAGGAAUGCAAAACUGUUUCACUAACACAUGAGUGCCCUCUGGAUCCCCCCUCCCCCUCGCCCCCCUCCGCCU